AUGCAACAGCAUAUCGAUCUUCAAGACAACGUCGAGAGAUCCAUGGAACGCCCACACCAGGAAGGAGGUGACGAAGUGGCUCAAGAUGCUCAGGACCUUCAGAAUUUUCGAAACGAGGCAGCGGACGAUGGGCAAGGUCAAGAUGAAGCUGAUGAGUUUGAAUAUGAUGAGGCAAACGGAGCACUGCCAGAUUGGGAAUAUCUGAAUGCUCAUCUCCCGCAAAAUUUUUUAAACGGGGUUCAAAAAGUUCCAAUUGCUCUUGCUCCAAGAAUGGAAGUCGAAGUGGGACCAAUAAUUGAAGUAGAAAUUCCCCAAGAUAUUUAUCAGAAUGUCGGAGUUCCAGCUCAACCAGAGCUCAUUGUCUAUGAGCUCCAGGAUCGUCCGAUAGAGUUCCAAAAUGACGACCAUGCUCCGGGACCGAUUCCACUCCGGCGAGUCAGAACCACGAUGGCAGAGAUCAGCGACAUAUGUGGUCGUCUUAAGGGAUCUCACGACACUGGAUUCGUGAGUAAAGAUCAACUCCUAGAGUAUAGAGUUCAUGAUCCGGAGACUCGAGAGCCCUUGGUUCUUCCUUUCAAUGGAUCCACGAAUAUGAGAAACUGGUCGCGGUGCCAAGUACAAGAGUUCCUCAGCCAAAUCGUCUUUCCCGACGCCGCACAGUCGAUCGCAAGAAGAUGUCCAAAUGAAUCUGAACUUGAGAUGUUCGAAGCCAAAACAGUUCAAUUUUUUGAAGAGCUCAACUCCCUGGCCACACAUAAAGAUCAGAAAAUACAAUGGCGAGAGUAUAAAAAAAUUGCAAGAGAAGUUGGAGAAGUGAGAAGAGUCCAACUUAUGGGAAAUUAA